CGUACGAAAGUGAGACGAUUAUGAAGAAACGACGUUGGUAUUGACAACUCUUGACGAAGAAUUCUUCAACUGAAGAUCGAUGAUGGAAACCUUAUAUAGGUGAAAGCAAAGCUAAUUUCUGGCUUCCGUGGAGGAACAAUUCAAAGCAACUUCUAAGGCACAUGCUAGUACUCUUAUUUUGAAGAUGGUGACUACGAAAUACGACGGGAAUAGUGGCAUUCGUGAGCACAUCAUGAUGAUGAACGACAUGGCCCGCAAGCUUAAGGGAUUAGACAUGGAGAUUAGUGAAGGGUUUCUGGUGCACUUCAUAAUGACUUCUCUUUCUGCAUCUUUUGAAGCUUUCAAGGUCAACUACAACACCCAGAAGGUCAAGUGGUCAAUGAAUGAGUUGAUUGCUAUGUGUGUACAAGAAGAAGAGCGUCUGAAGCUGGACAAACCGGAUGUGGCUUACCUUAUGACUGCUAAUCCAAAGAAGAGGAAGGGCAAUGUUGAUAAGAAGGAAGUUUCUGAAGUCCAGAAACGUAAUGCAAGUGCUUCUUCCAGCUCUAAGAACUCCAAAGGGAAGUCUUACUGCAAAGUGGUGGUCGGAAAGAAGAAUGAACUUGCAAACGUUAAAGAAAGUGGAGUCACUGGAGCUUUCUUUAAGGGUUAUACGGAUUGGGGUGUUACACUCACUCUUCGCUCGAUCCUCGACAAAGAUAAGUUGACCGACUCUAACUUCUUAGACUGGCAAAGAAACCUCGUUAUCGUUAUUCGACUCGAGAAGAAAGAAUACGUGCUCGAACGAGCCAUCCCACCUUUCCCGGCCGCCAAUGCUUCUAGAGCAAUCAAGGAUACUUAUGAGAAGCAUGUUGAUGAUGACAAUGAGAUGCUGCAAACUGGUGAAGAGAGCUUGACGAAAGGAAAGGGGAAUUCUGUCCUUAUAGUACAAGGAGGAAAAGGCAAGAAGAAGUUCAAGAAGGCAAAGAAGAAUGGACCUAAAGGCAAGGGUAACAACGACCCAAAGUCCAAUUCUCCUAAGCUCAAGCCUAAAUGUGGAGUGGCCAAAGAUUCCAUUUGUCAUCACUGUGGUGAAGUUGGCCACUGGAAGAGGAAUUGCAAGCAGUAUUUGGCAACCAAGAAAAAGGGUGAAGCUUCUGCUUCAGGAACUGAAGAGAAGAAGUAGGAGUGUUGAUCUUGAAGAUGCAAGGGUUGUAGCUCAGUGGCACAUUAGUUUAAGUUUUAGCAUUUGAUCAAUUUUCAAUUUCGAAUUGAUGUUUACUUAUUGUUUUAAGUACUAUUAGUUAUUUAUAGAAGUAUUUCAUAUGAUCAAAUAUUUUGCCUCACAAGCAUAUACAACAACUAUACCAAGGCUAUAAAGUACAAAUAUUAAUUAGUUAAUAAAGUUUGUCACAAAAUUGUGAAUAAAGUGAUAAACACUUA